UCUGCGCAGCACGCUCAGCGGCUGUACCGCCACGUCUACCUCACCUGUAAGGAGGAGAGCAGUGGGCGGGGCCACUACCAGGCCCUCUUCACCCUGCUGGCUGUGGUCAGUCUGGAACUGGCCAAUGAGGAGGUUGUGGUGGACCUGAUCCGCCUGGUCCUCGCCCUGCAGGAGCUUGCGCUGUCCAAUCAGGAGUGUCUGUCCGUGUUCAACCGCUGUGGCGUUCAUGCCGUCUGCGCCGCCUUCCUCCACCUGUUGUCGCAGCUCGGACCUCCUCCUCCUCUGCACCAACACGUCACACAGGUGAUUGAGAGUCGUCAGAGCGCCGCGCCUCACCUGCUGCCUGAGGACGCUCUCUGUGACAAACCCAGGCUGCCAGACGAGGAGCUGAAGGUGGACGCAGCCUUUCUGUUUGUCCAGUCAGAGAUCUGCGAGGCUCUGACAGGAAGCAGCUAUGGCGCACACUCGGAGCGCCUCAACACGCCGUACACGCCUCAGAUAACAGACGAGGACCGUCUGUCCAAGAGGAAGAGUAUCGGGGACGUCAUCUCUCUGCAGAUAGACAUGGACCCUCCCACCUGUCCUGAGACGCAGCAGAAACCUCAGACGGAGCAGAUCACCUUCGAGACGCUGAAGAACGCCAUCGAGGACAGAGGGAGUGUGGAGGAGGAGGAGAGGAGGAGGAGGAUGCAGCUGGUGGAGAGGUUUCAGACGGCUCCGUUUGAGGAGAUCGCCGCUCACUGUGGAGCCAGGACCUUGCUUCAGUCUAAACUGGAUCAGGUCUUUGAUUUGAUCAUCCGUCCUCCUCCGUCUCCGUCUGGACACUCGCCGCCUCGUUCGACUCCUCUGUACGAGAUGAAGUUUCCCGACCUGUGUGUCUAUUAGACUCUUCUAACACGUGUAGAAAAAUGAUGAUGACGUUGAAAACGCGUGACACGAAUCAUGUUUUGUCGCUGCUGUUCUGUCCCGAAAAAGACGUUUUGCUUUAAAUGAGUAAUUGACCGACUUCUUUACCUUCUGUAGUGUUUUUGUUUUAGACGUCUGACAGAUUUGUUUUUGUCAUAAUGCUUC